AUGAAGCCUGUCGUGAGUGCUAUGCAGGCGUGGUCGUGCACGGUGAUCUCCGUAUUCGCGAUCCUCAUUCUCGGCGUCUUGGGGCUGCUCUUCAGGGCGAACAACCACGAGCUGGUCGGCGGUAUUGAGGACCCCAAGAACGGCCCCGUUGUCGCGAGCACCCUCUUCGUUGCUGUGAUCAUCUACGCGGGCUUCCUGGUCUUCUGCGGCAUGCAGGGCGUUCUGCACAUGCGAGAGAGCCGCAGGGGGGCGAUUGCGCUGUGA